AUGUCCGCCACUCCUCCUCCGUGCGACUAUCCGAAGAAAGUUCCUCUGAAGCGUAUAGAAUCGAUUCGAGAAAAGAAGAUGCGACAAGGUUUGUGGACGAAGUACUUAAGCAGUAAACCUCGGUGGUCCAGCAGGUGGAAGAGUAGCAGAGAAUCGAACGUGAACUUGAUCAAGCGCAACUUCGACGACGUCUGUCCUUUAAUAUACGUGGCCGAAAUUCAAAUAGGUACUCCGAGUCAAAAUCUCACGGUACUCAUGGACACCGGAAGUUCAGAUCUGUGGGUGACAGGAACAAAGUGCAACAAUGCAGACUGUAGUCACGUGUACUGUAAGAUACCAUUCCUGUGUCGGUGGUUCUGCGACAAAUCCUGUUGCGAAGGCAAGAACGAGGAUAAUCCGUGCGCUAAUAAGCACAAGUUCGAUGUACAGGCCAGCAGAAGUUUCAAAAGAAUGAGGAAGCGUUUUGGGCUGAAAUACGAAACUGGCUCGUGCAGCGGUUUCGUGGGUACCGAUAGGAUUGGAGGGAUCUGCGUUCAGAAUCAAGUUCUCGGCGUGGCCGACAAACUAGCCAGCUUCUUUACCGAGCUUCCAGCAGAUGGCAUAUGCGGCCUCGGCUUCGCUCCUCUCUCGGCUAUGGACGCCAUCCCUCCGGUGCAAAGGAUGAUCAACCAAAAGCUUUUGGAACAGCCAAUAUUUACGAUAUGGAUGAAACAAACCGACUACUAUCAAACGGUUGGUGGCCAAUUGACACUAGGAGGUUUCGACUCUGACCACUGUUCCUCAACAUGCAGAUGGGUACCUCUGACUAAAGCGUCAUAUUGGGAAUUUUAUAUCGACAGCGUGUCGAUAGCACCAACAAUGACGUCUCCGCAAAUAGUUAUCAGCACCAGUAUGUCGAAUAACAAGAUCAAAGCGAUAAGCGAUACCGGGACGUACCUCAUUUUUGGACCGCAGGACGAAGUGAAACGGUUAGCUUAUAGCCUUGGGGCAAAAUACGACCAAGAAAAUGAACUGACAGAUCAUAAGGAAAUUUUGCCGUGGUACAUAUAUCCAUUUCAGUAUGUCGUUCCAUGUUAUUACGCAUACAUCUUGCCAUCGGUGGUGGUCACCAUUCGAGGAAACGCGUACCCGAUCACAGCACAGACCUAUGUCAUUCCGACACCGGAAGGAAAGUGCAUGUUGGGAUUUUUGGGCAGAGAGUACAACAGUAGUCUGGACAGUGGCCCAGCUUGGAUUCUGGGUGACUGUUGGAUACGACAGUAUUGCCAGGUAUAUGACAUGUGGAACAAGAGGAUCGGAUUUUGCAGAUCUCUUUAA